AUGCACGUUUACAUUUCGGAGCAUACGGCUUUAACAUGGAACUCGGUGAAAAUAGUCAAAAUCUUCGCGGAAAAAGUUCGUACAAGUAUUGUUUUGUACCCCAAUGCAAAAACACAUCGAAAAGCACCCCAGAAAAGCUGUUUAUUUCGGUGCCCAAAGGAGAUAAACGAGCUAAAUGGGUAAAACAAGUUCGAUACCCAUUGGAUGUUUCAGCAACAUCACGAUUGCAUUGUUGUGAAGAUCACUUUGACUUGCAAAACGACUUGAAAAACUAUAUGAGGGUGAAGCUUGAUCCGAAUGCGAACAUUCUCUUGAAGGAUGAUGUCCUGCCAACGUUUUUCGACUGCCAAAGUGACCGAAAAAGAGCAUGGACCUCAACAGAAAGACCAGGGGCCAAAAAAUUACGUCACGCAAGAACGUUAGCAGAAAUUGAAGAAGACCUUGCACGCUCAAUUUCUUUAACGUCCGCUGGAGCUGUUGGUGAAACGACGGUCGACGAGUCAACGACGGCUUCCUCAACAUCUGAUUUUUUUCCGCUUGACACUUCCGGUUCUUCUGCAAUCACCGAGGUUGGGACCAGAAGCUUAGAUGUUCACUUAAUCAUUGAAGAAAAGAUUAAACUUGAAAAACAACUUAAUACAGAACUCAUAAUUAAAGAGGAAAUAUUAGAAGACAGUGAUGUUAAAAUGGAAAUUAAAGGAAUUACAGAAGUUCGCGAAGAUAGUUUUUCAAUGGAAUGUGGACCAAUUAAGAAUGAAGUUCUGGAAGAUAGUGUUACAAUGGAAUAUGUAGGAAUUAAAUGUGAAAAACUAGAAAUAAAAUCUGAACGAAGUGAAUUAGAACCAGAGCAAGUUUAUAAUGAAGAAAAACAAUAUUCAUAUAUAGAUACAGGAUACAGGUUUUAUGAAUCUAGAUACUGA